AUGGUUUAUGCUGCAGAUUCCACAAUUCCAGUUGAAGAAGCUAUAGUUACAGCUGCAAAACAAUUGCAAAAUUUAGAAGAUGAAGCUAUGAAUAUUGCCAAAGACAUAUCAAAUCGAAUAGAAUUAAGCAUCCAUUUAAGCAAACUUAGGCAAAUGGCACAUGAAAUUGUUGAAGCAAUAGAAAGACAACAAAUGCGUUUACGUCAAUUUUUUCAUAUUCCUGGAAAUGAACAAGAAACUGAUUUGGAAACAAAAUAUUUUAAUGAAUUUAGAAUUGAAAUUGAGACGUUUGAAGAAAAAAUUUCUCGUUUUUACAACGAAAAAGAACAUUUUACAUCACUACCAUUAUUAGCUUUAGAAUCUCAUGCAGAAACAAGAGUUAGAGCUGAAAAUUUAUUAACUGAUGUUAAAGCAAAAUGGCAAUCUUUAGUUGGAUUAAUUGAUAUUAGAUAUAAAUUAUUAACUGCAGCAAAUUCUUAUUAUAAAUAUACAAAAUUGCUUCUUCCAACAUCACAAUCAAUUGAAAAGGACCUUUCUGUAGAUAGAGAUGGCGAUUUUUGUAAAUCAGGAAGUUGGAUUAGUUUGGAACAUUGUUAUGAAUCUACACAAGAAAGGCUUGAAAAACAUUCAAGUCAUAAAGAACGAUUUUUGGAGGCCAGUGUUUACGCCCAACGAACAGCCGAUCAAUUUAUGAAUUUUAUGAGACGUAUACAAGCACCUAGAGAACAUGUAGAAUCACGUCUAUAUGAAGUACAAAAAUAUAAGGAUACAAUAAGAGAAAGACAACAAAUAAUUUUACGUUUAUGGACUGAAUGUAAUACAAAAAUUGACAAAUGCAAAAAUUGUGUAAAAAUUAAAUUAAUGGCAAAAAAUGUUAUAGAUUGGUCAGAUAGAGAAUUGGCUAGUUGUGUUUUAAUUUUAGAUAAUGUUGAAAAAGCACAAAAAUUGGAUUUGUUAUCUAGACGGAAAAAAUUGGAAGAAUUGUUGGAACAUUGUUUAACGUUGAGGGAUUUGGUUAAGGUUGAACGUUAUGAAGUUCGUAAAAUGUUGGGUGAAGCAAAAAAAUUUUUGGAAUCCUUCCCAUCUGAUUUCCACAGUGUUGAAGUUGAAAAAUAUUCUUUAUUGGCAAAAACAAAACUUCAAAAUAUUUGGACAAUGCUUGCAAAAAGUGAACAAACUGUUAGGAAUGAAUUAAAUGGAUUGUUAGAUGGACAAGUUACACCAAUAAUGGAACCAGCUAAACCAGAACAAUUAUGUUUGGAUCGUUAUAGUGAUAGUGCUAUAGAGGAUAAAUUAAUGGGUGGGGGAAAAGAUGAUGAAUUAUUAAAUCAAAAAAAGAAAAUUGCUGAACCUAUGAAAGAAUUACUUAAAUCGGAGGCUGAUUAUAUUGAGGAUAUGCGUCGCUGUAUCGACAUCUACUUGUUUGCCUAUAAAACUGCAGGAUCAAUGUGCCCCUUAGCUAUUCGAGGAAAGGAACGAGAAAUAUUUGGAAAUAUUGAAGAGCUUUAUCAAUUCCAUUCAAAAAUCUUUCUAUCCGAAUUGCAUUCUUAUGAACAAAAUCCAGAAGAUGUUGGUUAUUGUUUUAUUGCCUGGAUGGAAAAAUUGAAGGAAUUAUAUGCUGAUUAUUGCCUAAAUAAAGAAGAAAAUAAUUUUUUAAUUUGUCUACCGGAAGCGCGUUCUAUGUUUUCGGAAAUUAAAGAACAACACAAUUUAGAGCAAGAUCUCCAAUCUUUAGUUAUUAAACCUGUCCAAAGAAUUACAAAAUAUCAUGUUUUAUUAAAAGAGCUAUUUAAACAUUCCACAAAAAAUACAAAAGAGAUUAAGAAUGCUUAUGAAGUUGUUUUAAGUAUCCCAAAAUUGGCUAAUGAUCGCAUGCAUUUAAAAAGUUUUGAGGAUUAUCAGAAAUAUAAUGUUGGUGAUUUUGUUAUGCAAGAUAUAUUUCUUGUAUCCGAACCCAAACGUUAUUUUAAAAGAGAACGUGAAUUUCAACUAUUUCUAUUUGAAUCCAACAUUGUUUUCACAAAAAGAGAAGAAUUAUCUUCAAAAAAGACUGGUUAUGUAUUUAAAGAUUCUAUGUUGCUUCGAGAACUUCAUGUUGUUGAACACAUUGAAGGGGAUAAUACAAAAUUUGGUUUAAGAAAGAGUGCUUUCCCUUAUCAAAAUGAUCAAAACACAACAGUUUUAAAAGCAAAUACAGAAGCACAAAGAAUUUUAUGGGUUAAAACCUUGAGGGAUUUGAAAAUGGAUAUUGGUAGACAUAAAACUGGAGGUGGUGGUGGAGGGAGUAAUACUGGUAAAUAA